GUCUCCGUGUCUGAGUGUCGGGAACCCGCAGCAUCAACCGCAACACAAAGAGUCCGUGGAUGACCGUGGAGGAGGCGCGUGGAGGAAAAAGAGAGACGGCGACAGGGCAAAUUUCAGCCCUUCAGACGACUCUUCGGAAAGAAGAAGAAGAAGAGGGAGGCCAAGGGGGGCUUUGAUGGAGCAGACCUGAAGGAGAGCUUUUCUACCGGGGAAGUAUGCAAUGGAGUCGUAUCUGAUGAUGAGGAGUCCAGUCAGGAUCUGAGGAAGUUGAAUCCCAUCGGGUCUCGAGCCCUCUCCCACGACAGCAUCUUCAUCCCCGAGGAGCCGGUGGCCGAGGUCUGUCCUUCUCACAGCAUGUCGCAGGAAAACGUCUCGGAUAAAGUCAGGAACCUGCAGAGGCAGAUAGCACAAGGUAUAAAGUUUGGACAGAGGCCGCCGUCCCUGAGGAAGAGUGAGGGAGAUGAGGGGAGUUCAGACGAGGAGGAGGUACCCCGGAGUCCUCUGAGGGUUUUGGCUCAAAUGGAAACUGAGCCUGUACAUGUGGAGACAAAGCUGGCCCAGGGGAGCCAACAUGCUGAGCCACACAGCACCCCGGUGAAGUCUCCAAGGUCCAAAAGAGUUCUUCCACCCACAGGGACCAUCGAGUCCAUCAACCUGGAUGCUGUUCCACAGUCUGUUCCUCGCUUAGACAACACCGCCGCCAAACACAAACUGUCUGUCAAACCCAAAAACCAGAGAGUGUCCCGCAAACAUCGCAGGUUUACUCAGGACCUCACAGAGGUCUCGAUUCCUGGCGUACUCCAGGAGGACCAGGAGGCUGCGGGCAUCUCCUCAGAGAGGCAGCUCAGAGCUUCUAUUGAGUCUGUGGACAGCUUCAAGAAAAAGAGACUUCAUGAGGAGGAAACAAGGAGGGAGAGGGAGGCGGAGGAGCAGAGGCUUAGAGAACUGGAGGAGCAAAGGUGUAGACAGCGGGAAGAGGAGGAACGAAGGCUGAAAGAGGAGGAGGAGAAGAGGAUCAGAGAGGAAGAAGAAAAGAGGAGACGAGAGGAGGAGGAGAGAAGGGUAAGAGAGGAGCAGGAGCGCCGGCAGCGUGAGGAGGAGGAAAGGAAACGACUGGAGGAAGAGGAAAGAAAUAGGCGAGAGGAGGAAGAAGUAAGGAGGCAGAUGGAGAAGAAGAGGAAGCAGAGAGAGGAAGAGGAGGAGAGGAAAAGGAAGGAAGAGGUGGAGAGACUGAGGCUGCAGGAAAUUGAAGAGAAAAACAAAAAGGAGGCAGAGGAGAGGGUGAAGAAGGAAGAGGAGGAGCAGAGACGGCUUUCAGUGGAGGAGGCUGACGACAGCUCCGAUCCCCAAGAGAGGAAGAGGAAGGCAGAGGAGCUGCGAUGGAGAGAGAUGGAGGAGAGACAGCGACCAUUCUCUUUCAAGGUUUCUUCUGGAGAGAAGCAAAUCUUAUUCCAGAAGGUGAAUCUCACACCUGUAACGCUGGCCUCCAGCCAGCAGAGCGGUGCUGCAGCCGAGCAGAAAGAGAGCUCCAGGUCUUCAUCUCCCUACGACACCACAGACUCUCCAAACCUGCCAACAUCUCCGUACGUCCCCCACACCGCCAUCCUUGUCACAGGCGCCCAGCUUUGUGGGACGGCUGUGAACUUGGACCAGAUCAAAGACACCGCCUGCAAGUCUCUGCUGGGUCUGGGAGAGGACAGGAAGGCGCAGGGAGCCCCGCCCUACAAGAGCAAGACAUUACCAGAGCAAAAGUCUGCUAAAACCAAAUCUCUUAACGAGUCUGCGCUGUCUACGGAUCAAUCUGGAGCAGCUGUCCUUGCAGAGUGGGCGAGCAUCCGGUCUAAAAUAUUCAAAGGAGCAGAGGAAGGGAAAUACGACGAGUGCAAGCAGAACAAGCAGCCCAGCGCUGAAGAACCACCAGAGUUCGUCCACGCAAACCUCAGAAAAACGAUGUCCGCCAGCGCCAAGUUCUCCAUCACGCCUGCAAAGAAGAAGUUUGGAGAUUCUAACAGGAACUCGGAGGUGUUUGGUGCAGAAGAAACAGAGGAGGAAGCCGCCCCAUCUGCUUCUCCUCCCCCUACUGCCAGUCGCCCUCAGAGCAGGGCUGGUAAAACAGUCCGCAUCGUGGAGAAAAGCUCAGAGGAGUGCGUGUUCGCCAAAGACCUGCCGUCCUUCCUGGUUCCUAGUCGUGGAGCCAAACCGGAGCUAUUAGACCUGAAGAGCCGAGCGAAGAGUGAGACAGAGGCUUGUGAAGGUGAGGACGGGGGACUGGAUGGAGAGGACAAGCCAUCUCCGUUUGGCAUCAAGCUGCGGAGGACUAACUACUCGCUCCGCUUCCACAGCGAGCAGUCCACUGAGAAACGAAAGAAACGAUACAGUGCUGGGGACAGCUUCGACGGCGUCCCCUCUCCUCUCACCCCCAUUGAACCGGACUCAGAUACUUCCUCCGUCUUCUUGGAAAAAUCCAGCCCUACAUCGCUUCAGAAAGAAGGCACAGUCGGAAAGUACUCGCAUGCAUCUGCCUCACCUGCAAACCUUCGGGGUGAACAAUGUAAAUCGACCAGCCCCACCACUCACGCUGACGCUGAGAAGGUGGUGUCCAAACCUCCAGUUUACCGCAGACCAACCACAUCACCCAAACCGGUCCCGACGCCUCCACAAUCCCCACUGCCGACAGCUUCCCCUGGGUCGCCCAGUGAUGUCCUGACCCAGAGAACGGGGGCCACGGAAUCAUCCAGUAAGCUGACGAGGAGCGAGGAGGCCACAGCCAUGACCCAGAGCAGCCCAGUCCAAGGAGAGGAGGAGCCAAAGGAGAAGCGGUCCUUCUUCCCCUCCAUCAACAUCCCGUGGAGAGAGAAGACAGACAAGAAGACAGAGCUCAUCAGGAGAGAGAAGCCGUCCCUGCAGAGCAGACACUCUCUGGACAGUGCGAGGGUCCAGGAGAAAGAGGCAGGGCCUCUGUGGAUCACCCUGGCUCUGCAGAAACAGAAAGGCUUCAGGGAGCAGCAACAGAGUCGAGAGGAGCGCCGCAGCCAAAGAGAGGCCAAACUGGCUGAGAAACAAGCUCGAGACAGAGACAGCGCCGCUCUGCUGAGCCCCACGGAGAGCCGAGGCAGCGGUAGCACCAGCCCGUCCUCUAAACCUCAGACACCAGAGGAACCCAAGAGACCUGACAGCCUGCUGGGACGAUUCGACCGCCGAGAGCAGCUGAAGAAAGCCAACACUUUACCCAGCUCUGUCACUGUGGAAAUUUCAAACUCUACACCGUCGCCCCCUGCUGUCAAGGAGGUGUCAAAGCGCUUCCCAUCGACCGACCCCCCACAGGUGUCUACAGAGCCAGCCUGGCUUGCCCUUGCCAAGCGGAAGGCCAAAGCGUGGAGCGACUGUCCUCAGAUCAUCAAAUAACCACGACUCCCCCCGUCCCACCACCCACACCGGCUCCGGCCUGCACUGAGACUGCACACUGCCCCCUCCCCUCUAAAAAAUACUAAAGAAACAGCAGACUGUGAAGUAACGCCCCCUCCAUACCCCCUCACACACACACUGGCUGGUACUAUUAUCAUGUUAAAGUGCGCUUUACAUCCAGAUACAGCUGUACACAUGUAUGUAAUCUAGAGCCAAGCAUGCACACACGUGUAGACACAGAUAGAAGGAACACGCAGCAGUCCUCAGCAGCCAAUCAGAGCGGGGCUGGCCGACCCUGACCCUUUUUUAUGUUGUAGCCAGCGGUGUCAUUGUAAAUAAAUCCUCCGCUCAUCACAAAUGAAACAAACGUGUGUUGGAGAGGUUCAGUGUUUAAGAAGCCGAGGGUUAACUGUGUGUGUUUAAAGGGCUAACAGUUAACUAUAGCGCCUCCUGCUGACCGCUGGUGUUACAUCCUCUGUGCCCUCUUUGGUAUUAUUUCUGUAUGUUUAAAGCUACUCUGUCUCUUCUCUGAGCCUUUGUUUCUCAUUGUUUUUUUACUCUUAACUUAAAAAACUCACUGUGUCCGUAACGACUGUGAAACCUGUCAGAGGAGAUUUGUACUUUUUUUUUCUUUUUGCCAUUUUCAAGUUAAAGAAUUAAAACAGGAGGAGUAUCUAAAAACACAAAUGUUACUGGAAAUCUGUCUUAUGCAUCCUCAUCACCUCUCAGUCUCCGUCCUCCUGUCAAAAACAACCAGACUCCGGUGUGCACGUCAGCGUUUUAUCAUCAUGGUGAAAGUAGACACAGUAGAAAUGUUUCUAAAAUUUUGACAGUGUUCAAAUAAUUCAAGUGAAGAAGAAUUAAAUGGCUGUACUGUAUUAACAGUGUACAAAUUAAAUCCCAAUUGCACUUUUACAAUCUGUCUGCAUGGUCCCACCUCUUGCUUCAUCUGUGUUUUUAUUAUUUCUCUGGAGACAGCGGACUCUACAGGUAAAGGUCAAAUAUUUUACCCUUUUUAUUUUCUUCUGAAGAUUUACUUUUGGCCUUUAUUUGAUAGGACAGUGGAUAGAGUUGGAAACAGGGAAGAGACAUGCAGGAAAUAGUGCCAGGGGCUGGAUUUGAACCUGGGUCGCCUGCAUAUACUUCACACACCUUAACCACUCGACUACCGGCUCCCUCAAAUAUUUUACCCUUUCGAGACAACUUUAUAUCAGUCUCAGAGUUCCUCAAAACAUGCCUGUGAAAUUGUUGCUGAA